AUGGCUGGGACCUCAGCGCUCAAGAUUCUCUCCUGCUCCGAUGUCUCCACGACCCAACUGCUUGCAGCGGGUCUGCUCCUGACCACUGUGUGCAUCACAGCCCACAUGGUCUACAAUAUGUUCUUCCACCCGCUCGCCAAAUUCCCCGGCCCUCGUCUCGCCGCGGCCACCUCCUUUGUGUACUGGUACCACUGGCUCAACGGCAAUACCUUGCACUAUUUCGAAUCCACCCACCACGACUAUGGCGAAGUCGUCCGCAUCGCGCCUGACCGUCUCAUCUUCAUCAAUCCGCAAGCUUGGAAGGACGUCUACGGCCACAAGUCGGCCAAGCACAAGACCAACCCGAAAGACCCCGCCUUCUACGCUCCGGAAGCUAACGGUGUCCAUUCGUUGCUCAGCAUCCAGGAUGACUCGGAGCACGCCCGUGUGCGUCGUAUCUUCAGCCAUGCCUUCUCCGACAAGGCCCUGCGAGACCAGGGUGACAUGAUUCGGACCCACAUCGACAAGCUGAUGCGGAACAUGCGGGACACCAAGGGCGAAAGCUUCGAUGCUGUCGUAUACUACAACUGCACCACCUUCGACGUCAUGGCCGAUCUGACCUUCGGUGAAUCGCUCGGACUCCUGGAUAAUUCCGAGUACAAUCAAUGGUUGUCCAGUGCCUUGGGAGGUCUGAAAUAUGCCGCCUAUGCGGCUAUGCUGGAUGAGUUUCCUCGUGUGAAAAGCAUAGCGCAACUGUUCGUCCCGAAAUCCUUAGUUGACGCCCAGAUGCAAUCUUUCGAGUACUCGGCGCAGCGCGUGGCCAAGAGACUGGAGAAGGGUGCCGUUACCGAACGACCGGAUAUCUGGAGCUUGGUUCUUGACAAGGAAGAGAGCAAGAGCUUGACCGUCGAUGAAAUGAACGCCACCUCGUCGCUGUUCAUGCUUGCUGGUUCCGAAACCCAGGCGACGUCACUAUCCGGACUCACCUACCAUCUUUUGAUGAACCCCGAUAAGAUGCGCAAGCUCGUCGACGAAAUCCGGGGCGAGAUUCUGAACGAGGAAGACCUGACCAUUGACAAUCUCCGACAGCUGAAAUACUUGCAGGCCUGCUUUGAUGAAGGCAUGAGGAUCUACCCUGCAGUGCCGACCGGUCCGCCGCGUGUCACUCCGAAGGGCGGGAACACAGUUCUUGGCAGGUACAUACCUGAGAAUACCCGCAUUCUCAUUCCUCAGCUCGCCUCGUACCAUUCUCCCAGCAAUUUCACCAAUCCCAAGUCGUUCGUCCCCGAGCGUUGGCUUCCUGACGAGCCGGGCUACGAAGAGUACAAGAAUGACAAGAGGGAGAUGUGUCAGCCUUUUUCAUACGGCCCAAGGAACUGCAUCGGCAAGAACCUGGCAUACCACGAGAUGCGCCUGAUCCUGGCGAAGACACUUUGGAAUUUCGACCUCGAGCUGUGCCCGGAAAGCCGUGGCACAUGGACGGAGCAGAAGAUGUGGUGGGGUCUCUGGGAGAAGAAUCCGCUAAUGGUGCGUGCAACGCCGGUGAAGCGUUGA